AUGUCAAUCAUGUUCGAGUUGUCCCCAGAGGAUAUGUUCAAUUUGACUUAUGGUGAUGAUGAUUUCAUUUUUUCUGGAUACGGUACAGGCAUGCCACCUUUAUCUGAGGAUGCAACCCCCUGCCACUCAGAGCCCUCAGGCCUCAACAAGUACUUUGUCAUCAUAAUAUACAGUCUUGUGUUCUUGCUGAGUUUGCUGGGAAAUUCACUGGUGAUCCUUGUAAUCCUCUAUAACCGGAUCAGUCGUUCAGUCACAGAUAUCUACCUGCUCAACUUGGCCAUAGCUGACCUGCUCUUUGCCCUAUCACUGCCCAUUUGGGCUGCCUCCAAGCUCAAAGGCUGGCUCUAUGGCACACCUCUUUGCAAAAUUGUCUCCCUCCUAAAGGAGGUCAACUUCUAUAGUGGCAUUCUGCUGCUGGCCUGCAUCAGUGUAGACCGCUACCUUGCCAUCGUCCAUGCCACUCGUGCUUUGACUCAGAAGCGCCACUGGGUCAAGUUUGUCUGCCUGGCCAUCUGGGGCCUGUCCUUGCUCCUUUCCAUGCCCAUCUUUCUCUCCCGUGAGGCAUUCAAGUCACAUGAUUAUGGCUUUGUCUGCUAUGAGGACUUUGGCACGAAUACAACGAAAUGGCGGCUGGUCCUGAGGAUCCUGCCCCAGGUCUUUGGCUUUAUCCUGCCCCUACUGGUCAUGCUCUUCUGCUAUGGCUUCACACUGCGCACCCUCUUUGAGGCACACAUGGGACAGAAGCAUCGAGCCAUGAGGGUCAUCUUUGCUGUAGUGCUUGUGUUCUUGCUCUGCUGGCUGCCUUACAAUCUGGUGCUGGUUGCUGACACCCUCAUGAGGACCAAAGUAAUUCAGGAAACCUGUUUGAGAAGGGAGGAGAUUGAUCAGGCCAUCAGUAUCACUGAGGUGCUGGGCUUCCUCCAUAGCUGCCUUAAUCCUAUUAUCUAUGCCUUCAUUGGACAGAAGUUUCGAUACAGCUUCCUCAAAAUCCUGGCUGCCCAUGGAAUGGUCAGCAAAGAGUUCUUAGCCCGGCACAGCAAGCCCUCAGUCCAUGGUUCUUCCUCUGGAAAUACCUCGACCACCCUUUGA